UACCGUAAACAGAUUUAGUUAACUCGCGGACGUUAAUGCCACUAGUUGUUGCUGGUGCUCUUGGCGUUAGUGGCACUCAGCCGGUGGUUCUUUCGAUCGAGAACGCGUGCGUCUGUGCCUGUCGAUAGUCGCUACGGGGAGAAUCUUGUUGUUGCUGCGAUCGCGACGGAUUUAGUUCGACUUGAACGGUUUAAUGCACGUGCGCGGCGGCGGAGGCGUGUAGCGUAAGGAAGUUGCAAGGGUUACAGUUUUUGGGUGUUUCUGCAGACGUGUUGGUGGGUUGGAUGUUUAUUGAUUCGGAAUGCGCUGACUUGGGGUGAUUGGGUGCAGGUUUGGAAAGAUUCUGAGUUUUCGAAUUGGCGGCAUAGAAGGAAAGAAGAGUCAAGAUCUUGCCAAUAUCAGCCGAAGUUUUGAGAAGCGGAUUGUUCUGUAGUUACGUGAAGUGAAUAAGUUCUGGAAACAGAGAAAGGUCUCUUAAGUGAUCAGAGGUGAUUGUGCUUAAUGCUACUGGCUUAAUAGAAUCAAAGUGAACCUAACGUGUUUUAAGCAAUUCAAUUAAGAAGGAAUUCCUGUUCAGUGUCCGUGCCACCAACGUGAUCCAGUGAAACAGAUUAUCUCUGUUGUUGACACCCCCACCGGUGCAUCACAAAAGGUUUAUUCAGUUAGUGUGUUGUGAAUUCAUCGUUCCUGUGUUCAAGCAAUAGCUCCCCGCGCUGUGUUGUGUGGGUCGGUGUGUGACAAGUGACAAGUGCAGUAAAUUCCAGUUAACAGUUGGCACCAGCCGGCACACGGACGGAGUACAGAAGAAGCAGCAGCAGCAACUGUUGAGCCGUAUCGCGAUGGAUUCCCUGCUACGCUACCGCCGAAUGCCGUUUCCGAAAAGAUAUGCGGAAUUCGUGGCCCUGAUUGCGAUCUCGUGCACCCUGUUCCUGUUUCUGCACACCCAGAGCCUGACGACGCGUCUCCGCGAGAUGGAAGAUAAGCUGCAGCCAUCGUCAUUAAUGUCGAGCAGCGGUUUGAGUGGUAAUUCAAUUAGUCAAGUUGCAUCAGCCGGAUCUGCCGCCAAUAAUCACGGCCAGCCACAACAGCAGCAAAAUCACGGACAAGUACCAACGGACAGUAAUCUGCAUCACACGUACAACUAUCUCAAAAGCACUGGACAGAUGCAAUCACUUAGUGCCCGUGAUUUGAACAACACCCGUCGUGCGGAAGUGCCGAUCAUAUUCUUCAAUCGCGUCCCCAAAGUAGGCAGCCAAACAUUCAUGGAGCUCCUACGUCGUUUGGCCAUCCGCAACGAGUACACCUUCCAUCGAGACGUAGUCCAGCGCCUGGAGGUGAUCCGUCUAUCUCCUGAUCGCCAACAGGAGCUCGCCGAAAUGGUUUCCGAUCUACCGAUGCCGUCGGUCUACGUUAAACACGUUUGCUACACGAACUUCACCCGGUAUGGGCUACCGAUGCCCAUCUACGUCAAUAUGGUCCGUGAUCCCGUCGAACGCAUCAUCAGCUGGUAUUACUAUGUUCGAGCUCCAUGGUACUUCGUUGAGCGAAAACAGGCCUUUCCCGAUCUACCACUGCCAGAUCCACGCUGGCUGAAGAAAGACUUCGAAACUUGCGUUCUGCAGGGAGAUCCGGAAUGUACUUACGCCCAGGGUGCUAUCCAUGAAGGCAUCGGGGAUCACCGUCGGCAAUCUCUGUUCUUCUGCGGACACGAUGAACAGUGCCUCCCCUUCAACAGCCAAGGAGCCCUGGAACGUGCCAAGUACGCCGUCGAAAGUCAAUAUGCCGUCGUUGGAGUGCUUGAGGACCUCAACACCACCCUCGCCGUGCUCGAACGGUACGUGCCCAAGUUUUUCUCCGGUGCAAGCCCUGUCUACUUCAACGAAGUGAACCUGCUGCAGAAGAUUAACAAAAACAACUUUAAGCCCCCGGUCAGUCACGAAAUCAAGGAGCUGGUCCGACGAAACUUCACCCGCGAGAUCGAGUUCUACCAGUUUUGCAAGCAGCGACUGUACAAGCAGUACCUUGCCACGCAGUUGCCGCACAAGUGAUUUCCUCGGAACAAACUAGCGUUCUAAUAUUUAUACGAGUUUGGUGUGCAACUUUGUCACAGCAAGUGCCCUCCACGUCUUCGUUACACUGAAAGUUCCACCCACUGUUUCUGCUAACCAUUUGUCGUUGUCGUCUUCGUUUUUCAUUUCAUCAUUUACACUAAUGCCUCACUGCAAGUAGCUUGUAAAUGCGACAAUUAGGUCGCGUACCAGAUUCCUUAUUAUGUAUGAUAAACAUUUUCACGCACCGACACACCACAAACCGAAUCAUUCGAUUAUUUAAAUAAGUUCAUUCGACAAACCAUGAUUAUUGUUAGGUUCAAGUUUUAAAAUUGACCUUGUGUUACAAAGAAACAAAAGUAAGAAGUUGAGUGUGAUAAGUGAUUGGAUCGAAUGGGCCGUACGAGUGUAUAUUUUAUAGAUUGAGAAAUCGAUAAUAAAUUGAAUGAGAGGACUGAAUGCGUUAGAGACGCACAACACGAAAAAGAGUGCAUCAUCGACAAGCCCUUUGGAAAAGAAACUUAAUGUUUUUGAAAGGACGAUUUAUAAGUUAAUUUGUUUGUAGACUAGAAACGAACUAGACUGUAGAUCAAUUGUAGAAAGUAUUAAUACACAUUAACUUAUGAAUAUAUUGCUUAAGUACUGUGAAA